UAGUACGAGAAUGGGCGAUCUCACGCCGGUUUGCUAGGUUAGAGUAUCGGAUUUGACGAUCGGCGAAGGAAAAAAAAAAAACGAAAAAGGAAAGAAAAACCCCUACUGAUGCAACUCGACCGCAAAUACACGCCAGCCAAUGUUUUUGGGUGACAUAAAAUGUUGUGGAUUUAAAGGGAUACAGUAUGCGAAGACUGGUGUCCGUGGCGGGAAGAAACCCGCCCGUGCAGUGCCUAGUUUUGUGGAUUACGUUGAUGCACCUGAUUCCUGCAGGAGCAGAGUUCGUCUUUCCGAAUCGCAGACAAGCGGAAUUCGCACAGACUUUGGAUAGCUACUUUGUGAGUGUUCCCAGUGCGGUGGAUUCUGGUGGUCAGUUUUUAACGCACGAACUUCACCCGCUCCACCACCACCACUUACACAGACGUAGCGUCAACAGCGUUCGUGGAUUACCCCCAGACAACACAGACACACGUGCGGACGGACGUGUUAUUCAUUACCAUAUACCCGUGGAGGGUAAGGUGUUACUGGUGACGUUAGAGAGAAAUGGCAAACUCGUGGCGCCCGCUGGGGUCGUGGAGAGGAUUGGAAAUACCUACAAGAACGUAUCGGAUUCUGUGUUCACUGCCAUUAAAUGGCGAGACUGCCACUACACCGGUUCCGUGCACGGUGAUACGCAUUCCAUGAUAGCACUUGCAGUUUGUGAUGGACUGAUGGGAUUUGUGCAUGCGCAUGAUGAGGACUAUUUCAUUGAGCCUGUCAAGGGACACAACCGCGCCAAUGACUCCAGACAUCCACACAUCAUAUACAAGCGGUCAGCUCUACCGGCCAAACUGGACAUAUCUAGAGUACAUAAAUCCACAGAUGAUCACACAAAGUCUUGUGGUGUUCCAGAUGACACAGAGAGUAUUUUUACAAACCGAGAGCGGUGGGAGCGUCACAACAACCACGUGCAGAAGAAACACCGCCGCAGGAAGAGAUCGAUCUCCGUGGAGAAACACGUCGAGACGCUGGUCGUCGUUGAGCCGCAGAUGGUCGAGUACUACAAGAAUGAGGACAUCGAGAACUACGUACUCACGGUCAUGAACAUGGUGGCGGCACUCUUCCACGAUGCUAUGAUUGGAAAUGCUGUUAACAUUGUGGUGGUGAGAAUCAUAAUGCUGGAAGAGUCACAGGAAGAUUUGAAGAUUACACACCAUGCUGACAAGACACUUCAGAGUUUUUGCAAAUGGCAGAAGAAAAUGAAUUUCCGUGAUGACGAUGACCCCAAUCACCAUGAUGUCGCCGUCUUGCUCACAAGACACAACAUCUGUUCCCGGAUGAACAAACCAUGCAGCACGCUUGGCCUGGCACAGGUCGCGGGAAUGUGUCAGCCUCAUCGCACGUGCAACAUCAAUGAGGACACAGGACUAGCGCUCGCCUUCACCAUCACUCAUGAACUCGGCCACAAUUUUGGUAUGAAGCACGACAGCGUUCACAACUCGUGUGAGUCUCCCCCCGGCGUGCAGUACGUGAUGUCCCCCCACCUCAUCGCUGACGGAACCGUGAUGAGUUGGUCCAAGUGUAGUCGUGAGUCCAUCACCAAGUUCCUCGAUCGUGACUGGGGCUAUUGUCUUGACGAUGAACCGGGGAGACAUGACUUUAACCUGCCGACACAGCCCCCGGGAAUCAUGUACGACACCGGACAUCAGUGUAGACUGCAAUACGGAGAGGACGCUGCUCUUUGUGAGGGGAUUGAAGUUAUCGAGAAUGUGUGUAAUACCCUGUGGUGUCGAGUUGACAACAAGUGUUCUACAAAACUGCAGGCUGCUGCGGAGGGCACAAUCUGUGGAACUAACAAGUGGUGUUACGGUGGGCGGUGUGUGGAGAUAGGAAACCGACCGCAGGCGAUCAACGGACAGUGGGGGAGGUGGGCUGGAUGGACGGAGUGCACACGGGAAUGUGGGGCAGGGGUGUCCUACUCACAGAGACACUGCGACAACCCACCACCAUCUCAUGGUGGAAAAUACUGUAUUGGUGAGAGAAAGCGAUACAGAAUAUGUAAUACAGAUGUGUGUCCUGAAGGUGUUCCCAGUUUUCGUCACAAGCAGUGCUCAGACUUUAACUACGUCCCCUACAAGAACCGCCUGCACGAGUGGGAACCCAUUCUAACACCACACACCCCUUGUCAGCUGCACUGCAAGCCUCGAGACAGAUUUUUCUCUGCAAUGCUGAAGGACAUGGUGACAGACGGGACUCCAUGUACACCAGGCAGUCGCAACAUGUGUAUCAGUGGCCGAUGUCGACACGUGGGCUGUGAUUGGCUGAUUGACUCGAGUGCAGUGGAGGACCGGUGUGGUGUGUGUUACGGAGACGGGUCGACGUGUAAAACAGUGAAAAACCAGUUCAACGAGACGGAAAAACUUGGUUACGUUGAAGCGACAGUGAUUCCGAAAGGUGCGCGGAACAUCCGCGUUGAGGAGGUGGCGGCGGCUAACAACUUCCUGGCCCUGAGGAACAACAAGGGGGAGUACUACCUCAACGGCCACUGGUUCAUCCAGUGGAGCGGUGACUACGAGGUGGCGGGCACCGUGGUGCGGUACCAGCGCGAGGGCAGCAAAGAGAGUUUCAAUGCCCCGGGGCCGCUCAAAGAAGCCCUGCACAUCAUGCUACUGGUGCAAACUCACAACCCUGGCAUUGUGUUUGAGUACACAGUACCUAAAGAAAACGCCACGGACAACCGGAUACCCGAGUUCAGGUGGGACUACUCAGACUGGUCGCACUGUACCGUGUCGUGUGGUGGAGGUACACAGAGGUCACAGGUGGUUUGUCUGGAGAAGGAGGCUGGGAUAGUGGAUGAGAUGUAUUGUAACGCAUCCUCCAAACCUGACGACCGACUAAGGGGAUGUAACGAACACAGGUGUCCAGCCAGGUGGUGGACCGGGCCAUGGCAGCACUGUUCUGUGACAUGCGGCAAUAACGGAAUACAUCGGCGCACGGUCAUCUGUGUUCGCAGUCUCGGCCCCGAUGAACAGAUAGCGCUGGAGAAUGAGGUCUGCAAGGGGCUGGACAAACCCACUGAGGUGGAGCCGUGCAACCAUAAAGACCCCUGUCCCGGCUCACGUCACUGGGAGGUCGGCGCCUGGUCGCAGUGUACGAGAUCCUGUGGUGGUGGAACUCGGCAUCGCACCGUUUCCUGCCCUCCGUCAGCCAACUGUUAUCAACAGACGAAACCUGCCACGGAGCAGCACUGUGCGGUCAACAAGUGUCCGGCAGUCACAGAGAACACCGAUGUCGAUGUGUCCACAACACCGCUGUCUCAGACAGCUACUGGGGGGUCUCAGAAUGUGCAAACUACAUCAUCAUCAUCAUCAUUCCAGUCAUCGUCGUCAGCAGGAGAAAUGCGUAAACCUCAUGGAGUUAAUAGUCCGGAUGGUACAGUUAAUAGUCCAGCUGGCACAGUUAAAAGUACUAAUACAGUUAAUAGUCCAGCUAACACAGUUAAUAGUCCGGCUAAUACUGUUAAUAGUCCAGCUAAGAAUUCAGACAUGUCACGUGCUUCUUCAAGAACCAGUGCCACUGAACAAGAGAGGAAAGCACAAACUACAGAAGUAACUCCAUCUGCGUCUGCACACCACACACUUCCAACACAAAGUAGUGCCCCUGCAGACAGUAAUAUUCAUACCCCUGGACUUGGCAAAUCGGGUCAUUCUGUUAUAAGAAAGAUAAUUCUUCCUUCAACAACAACUGCCUCUAGUGACACAACGUCGACAUUUGGAGAAAGUCAAAAUGUUGUUCGUAAAACUAAGGAGAGUUAUAUUAAAAUCAGUGAUUCAGGGAUUGAUAUUGAGAUUCCAAAUAAGGUGCUGAAAGAGUCAGGUGACUUGUCGUCGCCAAGGGCAACAACUCAUAAACACCAACACAAACAUGGCCAUUCGAACAAUGUGGUGAUCGGGGGUGGUAAACUUGAUAAUAGUGAUAAACUCGACAGUGGUGACUUCCUGUCUGUGGUGUCGCCAGGAGAAGACAACUCUAAUUUACUUAUUAAUCAGGUGGUGCCAAACAUGAGCUCUGUUAAAAAUAGAUCGGAGAAUUCCUUACAGAAACUUGGAAACGACAUUGUUCAUAAGGAUGGUCCAAAAAAGGGGGAUAACUCCAGACCAGGAGAUAUUGACAAGACGGGUCAAGAGGAGCUGCAGGAUAACAAUAAAGGCCCACCCCUUGCUUACAUCUGGCAGAAGACAAAAUGGACCAAAUGUUCUCGUCACUGCGGCGGUGGUGUCAAGACACGAGAUGUACUGUGCGUCGAUGCAACGUCCGGCCGGAUGGUGUUGUCUGACCACUGUCUCCAUGCUUACAUGCCCACAACAAGCGAGCUCUGCCACAGGUUUCCGUGUCUCCAGUGGCAAACCACAGACUGGGAGUCGUGUUCUGCAACAUGUGGUUACGCUGUGCAGUCCCGGAACGUGUUCUGCCCAUCACCACUCAAGUGUGACCUCCUUGUCAAACCCAGCAACAUGCAGCAGUGCAAACUACAGCCGUGUAUUUCCUGGGUCAACGGAGACUGGAGUCGAUGCACCCAGUCUUGUGGAGGGGGCCAACAGGUUCGCCUGGUUCAAUGUGUCAACCUGACAUCACAGCAGUCGGCCAAGGGCUGCGACGCUCAUCUCAAACCCAAACAACAACAGACCUGCAACACAGAUUCGUGUCCAACUCGCAAUGCAGCUUUCACCAUCACAUGCGAGUCAAAUGAGAUGAGUUACAGAGUGUGCAAGAUGCUGAAGAAACUGAAUCACUGUGACAAGGCAUACGUGCGGGCCAAGUGUUGUCGGACGUGCACCAGUCACAGCCGUGGACACAGAGACAAACCCAAGAAACGCCUGAUGAUGAGAAGAUAACACCGGCUUCGAGAGUAGCAGUUCUAACAUUGACUCGUGCUCAAAGAGAAAAAGAAAUAACACAGAAAACCAUAUCACUCAGUUAUGAAGAUUUGUCAAUUUCAUAGCAGAAUGAAAAACAACAACAUGAUGUUUGUUACACAGAAAACCAUAUCACUCAGUUACGAGGAUUUGUCAAUUGCAUAGCAGAAUGAAAAAACACACCACCACCUCAAAUAUUAAUUUGUUGAUCCUAUUAACCACCAGAAACUGCAGGACAUUACUAGUUGCAUUCCCGCGAGGUUGAUCUAGCUGGAGGAAGAACAGAUGGUCAGUUGCUGUGAAUUGUGGAUAAUCUCAAUUUGGAAAAAUACACGACAACGGCUGUAAAGGCUGGCAGAAUAAGAUGCAAUGCAGGCUGCAACAGCUGAUUUGUCAGAAAUCUAAACAUGAAUGUGACUAUAAGGAUCUGAAAACAUUCAGAUUUUUUUUAUAACUGGAUUGAUGAAAAAAACAUAUUGCAGAAAUGUUAUUGUUGCAUUAUUUGUUUGUGCUUUUGUCUCAAAGAGUAGACAUAACUUGCAAGCCAUUACUGGUAGCAGUUAACAGUCUGCGUUGAUUGAGAGUAAAUUGCUGUUGUUAACACAGUGAAGUGAUUAUAGAUAUUUGAAAGGCAUACAGACUUCAAGUAUUGCCAGUACUCAGUUGAAAAACUGCAUAUUGCUUUACCAUUGUCGACAAGCAAGUAAUACAUUUGCAAGUAUUAAUAAUACAAUAAGGUAGUACAAAAACAACUAAAGUUUGUACUAAAGAUUACUGACAGUACAAAAGUUAUGGUACACAGAUGUGGAUAUUACAACUUACAUAUAUAAAUAUGAUAUGAUACCAGAAUACUAUAUAUCUUGGAAUAUUGUAUCUAGUUGUUGUAUAUGUUGGAGUGCCUUAUCAAAAUGUGCAUGCAUUAUCAGUAUCUACUGGAGGUUAAGAUAAAUUGUUUAUAUAUGUGAUUAUGUCAUACCGUUUGUAGAGUUCACAAUGUGUAGAAUUCCACAACACUUUUAUCAUUGAUUAUGUCCACGUAGGUUUUUCCAAUUUAUACCUUACAGAAUAGAGAAUUUUAAGAUAGCCACAUUGUUAACCCUGUUUGUGACAAUUUUGUUAAAUUUGAUAGAAUGUUGGGGUUUUUUUAAAUUGUGUUAUAAACCUGCUCUAAUGACAAAGAUAUUAAAUAGUAUUAUAUGGGUGAAUUGAUCGCAGUGUUUAUUGUGAUAACUGGCUGGAUUAUUUCUAACAUACAUGCGUAGUUCUAUUUGAAACAAAUCAGUGUCAUCAAGAAGACCAGUUGGUAAAUUGAGAAGAUUUCUUAGUCUGUUAAGCAUACUAUUAUAUUUUAUUUUCAGUCUUAAACAACUGUUAACUUACAGUACUUUUAAUAGCUUUUUUCUCUCUCUCAAACAUAUGGCAGUCAAAACUGACCAACAUAUAUUUUUUUUUAAACUAAUGACGUAUAUGAAUUAAAAAAUUAGGUCAGUCAUCCAUUUGUAUUGUGUGAUUUUCAAUAAUCUAGUAAUUACAAAAUUGCAAUUAUUUGUAGCCCUUUAAAUCACAAAAUGUUGAUAGCAGUCUAUUGUUUGUGUAAUUCUAUCAUUCUCAUGUUAUAUAAUUUUGAACGUUUAUAAUUACGUUACAUAUUACAUACACAUAGUUAGUUUUUUACAUUCCUUAUGGUAUGUUUGUUGUACACAUUUGUGUACUCUACCCAACGAUCCUAGUUGUCUCCCCUGUCUAGAUAUUUGUGUAAUUCAAAUAACGUCAUUUUGGAAAUGAAAACAAGACAGACAGCUGAAAGAGUGGUGUAAAUUAAGUAGACUGUUUGUAAAGGAAAGUGAUGGAGAAAAUUAAAAACUCUGAAAAAUAGAGAUGGUUUGGAAAGUAGUAAUAUGGACAACUGAAUGAUUGGAGGAAAUUAAGAACUGACAAGAGACAAGAUAAUUUGAAAUUGUUGAAGAGCACUGUAUGAUUUGUUUGUUGGGAUGUGAAAGAAAUCAUUUCCACAUA